AUGAUGAAGCUACGCCUCCCGGUCCUGUUCCUCUCGCUGCUGCUGCUCAGCGUCUCAUUGCUGCUGAGCGUCUGGUACAUGUACAGCUGGACGGGCUUCCUCGUUCGCGACCUCGAUGCACUCGGCAACUCGUCCGUCUUCAGGCCAAAGCCGGGGUCUGCUUCCGAUAAGAUCAACCACGUGACACUGUGCGGGCAACGGGGAGCGCUGCAGAACACGUCGAUGAUGCGCGUGCGCGACACCAAGAUAUUCUUGGUGUCGGCGUACCACGACCAGCGCGAGGCCGGUCAGAGCACACGCAUCAUCGGCAUCGCCAACCGGUAUGAGCCGGACGUGCUCUCCUGCCACUUCUGCUGCCGAGGGCACUCGGAGAUCCUGACGGUCACCGCCAGCGCCUACGUCCACUCGGAUCACUUUGACUUCCCGUACGGCACGGCCGACUUCCUGUGCACGGAGCCGCUGGACUGCGAGCCGGGACACGUGUCCGUCCAGCGCAUGCGCACAAUACCGGACGAGGAGGAGGCCGAGUGGGUCUUCAUGCCCGUGCGAAAUCGGCUCUACAUGCCCCCCACCUUCACACAGGAAUUCAGCGUCUGCAUCUCCACGCUCUUCGGGAACUACGGCAACGUCCUGCAGUUCGUGCAGGCGAUCGAAAUGUACCGCAUCUUGGGUGCGGGCCGCGUGACGGUAUACAACACAAGCUGCAGCUCUGAGCUGAACAAAGUGCUCCUCUACUACAUCAAGACCGGCCUCGUCGAGGUCGUUCAGUGGCCCAUCACGGACUACGUGCGGGUGUCCAGAGGGUGGCACUACCCCGAGCACCCAGGCGAGCUGCACUACUAUGGCCAGAUAGCGGCGCUGAACGACUGCGUGUAUCGGCACAUGUACAGCACGCGCUACCUGGUCCUCACGGACAUCGACGAAGUGAUCAUCCCUUUGAAGCACACAAACUGGAAGGACCUCAUGCGGUACUUGAACGACAAGUACGGCGCCGACAUUUACACAUUCGAAAACCACGUGUUUCCCUACACGGUAUCGGAAGAGUUUGGGUCGAAGUUCCAGGCGUGGAACGCCAUCCCGGGCGUCAACAUCAUGCGCCACAUUAGACGGGAGCCAAACCUGCCGGAGGUCUUCAACCCGACCAAGAUGAUCCUGAACCCACGCGCGGUGCUGCAGACGUCGGUGCACAGUACGCUCAACGCGCUGGGCAUCUCGCAGAUGGUGCCUGGAGACAUCGCGAUCAUGCACCACUACCGAUCGCCCGAGCAGCCCGACUUGCCGCUCGACUCGCUGGCCGUGGACCUCACGCUGUGGAGAUACAAUGCCACUCUGAUCAGAAAUGUCAACAAGGUCCUCAACAGGGUCUUCUGGAAUGAGUAGGCACAACGGGCGGCGGUGGCGGCG